AUGUGGACGCCGUCGCGCGGGAGCAACGCCCGGCGCAGCGGCCACUGCCGCAUCGCGGACUACCUGACGGACGACCAGACCACCACCACCGCCACCGACGCCUCCGACAACGAGUCCUACACUACCGCCUAUGGGGAGGAGUUCUUCUUCGCCGCCGCCUCCGCCGGGAGCGCCGGCGGCGGCGGCAUGCUGCCGGCAUUCCUCGCGGACCAGGGGACCUGGUGGAGGUCAUGCUGGAGCUGGACGAGGAGUCCAUGGUGGUGCGUAGCGUCACGCCCACCAGCGCCGCGCUCUACGGCGCCGCCUCCUCCCAGCGCCGCCGCUGCCCCCGCGGGUUCGGGGUGUCGCCGUCGCCGCGCCGCGCGCGCCGUCGGAGGGCGGCGCCGGCCGCCUGAGCCGGUGCUCGUCGACCUCGUCGCGGAUACGGAAGAAGUUCGCGUGGCUGCGGUCGCCGUCGCCCUCCCCGUCCCCGUACCGCCCCACCCCGCCGAGCUGCAGCGGGAGGCCGCCAUGGCGGCGCGCGCGAGCGGCGGCGGGAGCAGGCGCAGCUCAACCGCUCCCGCGCCGGCGCCAGGCGCGCGCUCAAGGGCCUCCGCUUCAUCAGCCGCACCACGGGCUCCGUCCAGGCCGCCGAGCUCUGGCGCCGCGUCGAGGAGCGCUUCAACGACCUCGCCCGCGAAGGGCUGCUCUCCCGCGACGACUUCGGCGAAUGCAUCGGUACGUCGUGCUGCUUGGCUGCAAUUCACAUUGUUAUCCGCACAUGCGAGAAAGCAGCUCGAUCUAAUUGCGACGUCCUUGUCUCCACACCCAACUGAUGCAGGAAUGGUGGACUCCAAGGAGUUCGCGGUGGGCAUCUUCGACGCGCUGGCGCGGCGGCGGCGGCAGAACCUGGAGCGGAUCACCAAGGAGGAGCUCUACGACUUCUGGCUCCAGAUCUCCGAUCAGAGCUUCGACGCGCGGCUCCAGAUCUUCUUCGACAUGGUGGACACCAACGUGGACGGGAGGAUAACGAGGGAGGAAGUACAGGAGCUGAUCGUGCUCAGUGCGUCGGCCAACAAGCUGGCAAAGCUCAAGGAGCAGGCGGAGGAGUACGCGGCGCUCAUCAUGGAGGAGCUCGACCCGGAGAACCUUAGCUACAUUGAGCUGUGGCAGCUCGAGGCGCUGCUGCUCCAGCGCGACACCUACAUGAACUACAGCCGCCCGCUGAGCACGGCCAGCGGAGCUCAGUGGAGCCAGAACCUCGGCGUCGGCGGCGGCACGCUGACGGUACCAGGAGGCGGAGGUGGAGGAGACGGCGGCGGCGGCGGCCGCGGCGCCGACGGCGAUCACCCGCGCGAGCGUCGCCGGAUGAGGUGGGGCGUGCGGAAGGCGGCGGCGCGGGUGCGCGUGGCGGCGGAGGAGAACUGGCGCCGCGCCUGGGUGCUGGUGCUGUGGUUCGCGGCCAUGGCGGCGCUGUUCGUGUGGAAGUUCGUGCAGUACCGGCGCACGGCGGCGUUCCAGGUGAUGGGGUACUGCCUCCCCACGGCCAAGGGCGCCGCGGAGACGCUCAAGCUCAACAUGGCGCUCGUGCUCCUCCCCGUCUGCCGCAACACGCUCACGUGGCUGCGCUCCUCCUGGGCCCGCUUCUUCGUCCCCUUCGACGACAACAUCACCUUCCACAAGAUGAUCGCGACGGCGAUCGUGGUGGGGAUCACGCUGCACGCGGGGAACCACCUGGCGUGCGACUUCCCGCGGGUGAUCGCGGCGAGCCCGGAGGAGUACUCGCUGGUGGCCGGCGCGUUCGGCGCGGACAAGCCCACGUACGCGGGGCUCCUGUCGGGCACCGAGGGCGUCACGGGCGUGGCCAUGGUGGUGCUCAUGACCGUCUCCUUCACGCUGGCCACGCACCCGUUCCGCAAGGGCGAACCCAAGCAGGGCGGCACCGGCGCCGGCGCGGGCGCGGGAGCCGUGACGUCGCGGCUUCCGGCGCCGCUGAACCGGCUCACCGGCUUCAACGCCUUCUGGUACUCGCACCACCUCCUCGGCAUCGUGUACGCGCUCCUGCUCGUCCACGGCUACUUCCUCUUCCUCGUCCGGAGGUGGUACGAGAAGACGACAUGGAUGUACAUUUCUGUCCCACUGGUGUUCUACGUUGGUGAAAGGAUGCUUAGAGCCUUGAGGUCAAAUGCUUAUACCGUAAAAAUUGUCAAGGUGUGUCUUCUACCUGGAAAUGUAUUGACCAUAACAAUGUCAAAGCCCUACGGAUUUCGGUACAGAAGUGGACAGUACAUAUUUCUUCAAUGUCCAAUGAUUUCUCCAUUUGAAUGGCACCCUUUCUCCAUCACUUCGGCACCUGGAGAUGACUACCUCAGUGUUCACAUCCGAACAAAUGGAGAUUGGACACAAGAGCUCAAGUGCAUAUUUGUGGACAACUACUUCUCACCACAUCUUAACAGAAGAGCUUCAUUCAGCGAGCUAGGUGCGGCAGAACCAAGAAGCUUGCCAAAAUUACUUGUAGAUGGUCCAUAUGGUGCCCCUGCACAGGAUUUUAGAAACUACGAUGUUCUACUUCUUGUCGGCCUCGGAAUCGGGGCAACACCAUUCAUAAGCAUUCUAAGGGAUCUGCUUAAUAACAUUAAGAUAGCUGACGAAUUGAUGGACUUGGCAAUGGAGACUAGCAGGUCUGAAGACAGCGCCAACAGCUUUAGUGUCUCAACAGUUAGCAGCAACCGGAAGAGAGCAUACAGAACAAGCCGUGCACAUUUUUACUGGGUCACCCGAGAAGCCGGAUCAUUUGAAUGGUUCAAAGGGGUGAUGAAUGAGGUUGCAGAAAUGGACAAGAAGGGUGUCAUAGAGCUGCACAAUUACCUCACAAGUGUUUACGAGGAACGCGAUGCGCGGACAACUCUGCUGUCCAUGGUGCAGGCUCUGAACCAUGCCAAGCACGGCGUCGACAUCGUAUCAGGAACCAGGGUGAGGACACAUUUCGCCAGACCCAAUUGGAAGGAAGUCUUCACCAGGAUCGCCUCCAAGCAUCCGAAUUCAACAGUUGGUGUGUUCUACUGCGGCGCACCGACGCUUGCCAAAGAGCUGAAGACUCUGUCGCACGAGAUGAACCACAAGACGGGCACUCGCUUCCAUUUCCACAAGGAGUACUUCUGA